AUGGAAGCUUUCUACAACCAUAGCAAAUCUCAACUCAAUGAUACCUUCUACAAUGUCACCUCCUCUUCAUAUGAAAGUGGCACCAUGUCUACAGUGAUCGAUAGGUUGUGUGGGAGGUAUACUCUUUGGGAAAUAUUCUCACCUACGAUUGCAUGCAUUGUGAUCUUUGUAGGUUUUCCACUGACCUUGCUGGCCAUCUAUUCUCUGUAUUCACAGGUGCAAAACGACCAUGUUGCACCGAUCUUUGUCAUCAACCUUCUGAUCUCUGACCUCAUCCAGAUCUGCUGCUUGAUGGUCUGGGUGGUGCUCUGGUUUACAUUCUGGGAAUCUAGUAUGGUCUACUGUGUCUCUUCAUUAAUAUACUAUGGUGCUGUGUUGGCCAGUGCUGGUUUCAUGGUGUGUAUCGCCGUGGAAAGGUAUUUGGUCGUCGCCUGGCCUCUGUGGUACCGCUUCAGACGAAGCAUCAAGUUUUCUGUGAUGGUCUCCAUAAUUGUCUGGGUCUUCUGUUUCACUGAGUUCAUCAUAUCAUAUUUUAAGCCCAUUUUCCGUCCCAUCAUCCUCCUCCUCCCCUUCCCCCUGCUCGUCUUCUCCCUGGCUGGGACCCUGAAAGCCCUGUGUACCAUCAUUUCUAUCCCUCCUAAAGAAAAACGGCAGAUUGUAGGAACUUUAGUCCUGGUGCUGCUCAACUACAUACUGCUGUUUUUGCCCUGGGUCACUUUUAUCCUGAUAGACUGCUGUUCUGAAAAUUAUGAUAUUUUUUAUGAUGAUUCAUAUGACUUUUUAUGGUAUCUUGCAGAGUUUGUUCAGUUCAGUCCACUUGCAGACUUGAUUUUGUAUGUUUUAAUAAGGAAAGGGGCCACAGAGAAGCUGCUAAUCUCCAUGUGUUGUUGCAGGAUGUUAAGAGAUGAAGAACAGGUCCAAGUAGCCACCAUAAAUGAAUAGCCAUGGAGGAAGUCUGUUCUGUGUAGAAAGAACAGCAUAACAACAAAUAGUUGCACCAAUCUACUUCUAGAAAUCAUGUUUAUAUACAACUGAUUUGCCAUAUCAAAGACAUUUUGAAAGAAACGUAGCUGCAACUGGAUUACAUUUUCUAUUGAAGUGAUAAUGAAAUGUCAAAUGUUGCUAAAUUACAUAUUUGGUAAGUCGUAAAUAUGUUGAUGCUGACAACACAUCAGUUAAAUGUUCAUAGACAACGUUUUCCAGUAAAACAUCUGAUCUUGCAGAAGAAUAUUCACUUCAGAAUUAUUGAUCACUUUUGUUUUAUGUUUAGACUCUCACUGCACAGGUUGGGUUGUAGAAUAAUUGUGGUCUGGUUUAAGGUCACAGUAACUUUUAAACACACCACGUUUAUUUAAAUUUAGCUAAACCCAGGAACUUUCCCUACCCUUAACAAAAGUACUUUUGUUACGUAAACUGCAGACAUGACUGUGGAUGUGAACCCUGCUCUCUGGUGAACUUUCUACAUGUGCCAUCCUCCUAAACCAUCUCCUGGUGACUUUGCUUAAUAAAUGUAGCACUUUAUUCAUUCUAAAAUGAAAACUUUCUAUAAGACUGGGUUGUUUACUCCUUUCACUGUGUCCUGUUGUUGUGUGUAAAAACUACUCACAUGAGCAGAAUAAAAGUAGAUCACAGCUGCUCAUGGACAUAUGUAAAAAGGCAAUUUAUUAACUGACUUCUUUAUAAAAACAAUAUGAGUUUGUUUGGUUUCACUUUUAAAUACAUCAAAUACCUUUACAUUAUUAUUUUACGAUAUAUAAAUAAACCUGUUUAUCAUUUGAUCACUUAAAUAUCUGUUUGCCUCAGUAUUUUUAAUGCCAACUAACGCUCGAACAUCCCAUUUUGAUUUACUGGAUUUACCUUAUUUUUGUGCUCUACAUAUAGAUAAUGUUGUAAUAACUACCUGGAUAAAUUAUACAGCCUUUCAUUAAAA